CAGGUCGGUAGCGGCGUUACCGGGGAAGGUGCUGCUCGCAGCCCGCGUUCGUGCGUGUCCGUUAGAGCAGUUUCCUUGAUUAACGUGCACAGAUAAAUAUUUACGCCUUUUCUCGGCAAAGCGUGUGUUGUCUUACCCGCCCUGGAAGGACGGAAGGGAUUCAUUUGCAGAUCGUUCUUAUCGCUUCACGGAAUGCAUUCAGUAGAACCCGCGUUGUUCUAAAUGCCAAAGCAGUUCUGAUUUGUGGCGAUUUACUGCCUGCAAGGAGGUUGGAGCAAGAUCCUUGAAAUACCACUGAGACUCGGUCGCCAGGGGAUGGAUUGCUGAGGACACUGCUCUGCUGUGCUGCACUCAGGGCAUGGAUGGCUGAAGGGCUUAGCCACCUCUCCUGCCUGCAGGGCAGUGCUACUCUCCUUCCCACCAUGUGACUGGCACACCGGCACAGCAAAGAGCUUCCCUUUCCAAAGAAUGAGCACAUGCCGAUGGUGCACCCCGAGUGGUCCUGACACCACCGAGUUCCUGAAGCACUAUGCCACUGAACAGCUGUCCCAGGAAGAGUUUGAGGGAUCCAAUGAUGAUCUCUCUUACUGCCUGGAGUGUGUGGUUGAAUACCACAAGGCAAGGGAAGAAUGUCCAAGGUUGCAUAAGGACCUGUGGGACUUGGAAACCGCCCGUCUCGUUGCCCACAUGGAGAAAUCCAUGCAGGAAGAAACGGGGGAAGACGAUGAGUUGUUUCUAGUGGAUGAGAAUGGAGAGACUCGGCUGUCUGGUUAUGUGGGCCCUGAUUUUGAGAAUAACCUGCGAGUGCCCCUUCUAGAAAUACUGAAAUAUCCAUAUCUGCUGCUGCAUGAGAGAGUCAGUGAGCUGUGUGUAGAAGUCCUCUGUAGGUUGGAACUCGGCCACGAUGCCUUUCAGGUCUUUGAAAAAUACCCAGGGAUUUAUCUCUUUUUGGUGCACCCCAAUGAGGUGAUUCGCCGAUGGGCCAUCCUGACAGCAAGGAAUUUAGGGAAGGUUGACAGGGAUGAUUACUAUGACUUAGAGGAAGUGCUGACUUGUUUGUUCAAAGUUAUUGAGCUGGGGCUUUUUGAGAAUCCAGAUAUUUACAGCUCUUCAAUGUAUGAAAAGGGUAAACUCAUCCUUCUGCCAGCUCAUUUGUAUGAUACAACCAACUACAAGAACUAUUGGCUGGGGAUUUGCAUGUUGCUGUCAGUGCUGGAAGAACAAGCUAUGGACUCUUUGCUACUGGGCCCAGACAAACAGAAUGAUUUCAUGCAGUCCAUACUUCACACUAUGGAGAAAGAAGCAGCUGAUGAUUCUGCUGACCCCUUCUGGCCUGCCCUGCAUUGUUUCAUGGUUAUUUUGGAUCAGCUGGGAUCUAAAGUUUGGGGUCAACUUAUUGAUCCUGUCCAAGCCUUUCAAACCAUUAUCAACAGUGAGAGCUACAAAAAUGAAAUUAAAAAUAUCCGCAAUAGCUUUGUGAGGACAAAAUCUGAACCAGAGUCAGACUACGGUGAUGACAUGAUUACUUGCAGUCAGAUUGUGUAUAAUUACAACACAGAAAAGCCUCAAAAGGACUCUGGCUGGAAGGCUGCCAUCUGUCCAGAGUACUGCCCCAAAAUGUAUGAAGAUAUGCAAACACUGGCUAAUGUGCUUCAGUCCGACAUUGGCAAAGCCAUGCGUGUCCAUCCCAGCACCUUCCUCUGGUUCAUCCCUUUUGUUCAGUCGCUCAUGGAUCUCAAGGAGUUGGGUGUGGCCUACAUAGUAGAGGUCAUCCACUACCUGUGCUCGGAAAUCAAAGAUAUUCUCAUUGAAAAGCUCCAGCAGUGUGACAAAAUCUCCGAGUUUUUCCUCCUCAUCUUGGUGUGCAUCGUUGAACUCCACAGAAAUAAAAAAUGCCUGCAUUUGCUGUGGAUCAGCUCCCAGGAGUGGGUGGAAGCAGUGGUGAGAUGUGCCACUCUUCCAGCCAGAGUGUUUACGUGGCACAUGGACAAAACCCCCGGGCCCUGUGGGAAAGGCUCUUCCGCAGGAUCUUUCCAAGCCUCCAACUCGGUGCAGCACGCCUGCGUGCAGCUCAUACGGAGCCUUCUCAAGGAGGGCUACCAGAUUGGGCAGCAGGCCCUCUGCAAGAGGUACCUGGACAAACUCAACCUCCUCCUGCGAGGAAAUCUCUCCAUGGGUUGGCAGCUGAACAUCCAGGAGACCCAGGAAUUACAAACUUGCUUAAAGCAAGUCAUAAGGAGUAUAAAGGGCAGAGCGUUGAGUGCCUCUGUGGCAGGAGGGACCAAUUCAAACUCUACAGCUUUGCCAACUGUUUCUCUAAAGCAGGAGAAGAAUGUGGGUGAUAAUGGAUUCAGGACGAGUGCACACGAGAGAGGUGACCUUUAUUCUCCAUUUGUCAUAUCAAAGGAAAGUGGAGAUUGUCAAGGGAACCUUUUCCCUAGAAGAAAAAAUCCCUGGGAAGAGGAAUCUAGAGAUGCACCUAAAAGUUCAACAUCUCGGACAGCCACAGAAGGCGUCUUGACGGAUAUUAAAAAGGAACCCGAUGACUUGGCAGCUCAGGAAUUUAUCUCUUUGGCAGCAAAACUGUGUAGGAAAGUUCAGGAAAAUAGGAAUGAUGACCUUGUGGCAGGGAAAUGCAAUACAGAUAGUCAGGGCUGUAAGUCAAAUGCGCAGCGUUCAGAUUUCAGAAGAGGCAGAGAGUUGGAAGUCAAAGAGGAAGCAGGACCCUCAACAGCAGAGUAUCUGUCUGCUCAAACUCAUCUUGGUUCUUCAUCUUCAAGGAAUGGCAAAAGUGUGCAGGAGACAAGUGUAAACAGUGUGUUACAAUCCAGAGUGGUCCCCCCUAAACAGGGAUCAACAGAAACGUCCUUAGAUUGCUCUAACUGCCCUAAAAAUGGACCCAGUAUGCAAGAGAAGGAAGAUAACAGUACUUUGCUUUUAGGGAUUAAUGACACCUCGCUGAAAAAAGUAUCAACAGAAGAAAAAUCAGGUUCAUUGUUGAAGGCCGUGUCUAAGAAUAACACGGACAUGCCAACUUCAGACUGGGAACAGCCUAAUUCAAAUGACCUGGCUAAAUACAACUGUAAACAUCAAAUUUCAAAUGCCUCUUGUACGAAUAAAUUUUCAGCAAAUGGCUGUUUUCCAUCUAGGUCUGAAAACAAGGGGGAUGUGUCCAACCCUGCUCCUCAGAUCAGGCCACUGUCAGUGAAGCGUGAAUCAAGUGACAGGUUGUUGGAGUUUUCUGAAUAUUUCAAGAGGGAAAACACUUCAGAGGGGAAAAAAGAGGAUUUUGUGACGAGGGUUUCUGAAGAUGAUACUUUAUCAGACUCCCAGGUUGAUAGAGAACUCAGUAAAUUAUCUUUAGCUGCUUAUGCCAAAAGUGUCAAUUUUCCCUUGGAGUCAAGCCAGGAAAGCUCAGUGUACCAUAAUCUAAGUGACAUUAGGAGGAAAGUGAAAGGUGCUGUAAGAUCUUCCAAUGAAGGCCAAGGUACCAGACCUCUCUGUGAUGCAGAUUGCCCUUGCAAUCAAGUCAUUAUAAUUUCAGACUCGUCUGAUGAAGAAAAAGGUGCAGAUGACAAGGAGGAAACAAAAACCAAGAAUGAAAAUGUGUGUCCUGCAAAGCUGCCUUCGACUUCCAACAGCGUUUCUGAUAGAGAUACCAAAAUGGAAUCAGAAUCUCCAAGGCCUCCCUUGUCACUGGAUGACUGUGAUUCUCAGUACUUUGAGUUUGAAACAGAUACUGAGAUGUUUUCAGCUUGGCAAGAUACUCAAGCCUAUGCUGUAGAAACAACUCAGGAGUAUAAACAAGAUGAUGUUCCAGCAGCAGUUGACAGUAGUUCGGAUGACUUCCUGCACAGUAGCAUAAAUGAGUGGGGUUAUGAUCUGGAUUACCUCAGUGAUGAUACCAUGGAAGAAGCAGCAAGCUCGGUAGAAAAGCAGGUAGAAGAUAUUUCUCAUCAAAAAGAAGCUGAUGAUAAAAAAAAGGCAACUGAUUUGAUGUUGCAAGAAUCUGUUAGCAAGGAAUAUGCAAAAGGGCAGCUGGAGAAACUUGCAGACAAAGGCGCUGCUGCUGAAGGCUUCACCCUGGGCUCACCUGAACCCAGAGCAUCUACAUCUGCCAUCUCAUUGGCUUCAAAGCUGGCCUGGAAGAAAAACACGAGCCCCCCGAAGGCCGCGGCAAAACCUAAAUUAGCAACAGCCGUUCAGAGGAGUCCCAAAAGCCCCGUCGUUAAAACAGCCCAAAACAAAAAACUGCUUCAGAGCGCCUCAGAACGUCCUCAGCCUGGCAAGUCAAUGCCUGCCGUGGUCCCUCCGAGGAAAAUCCGGCAGCGUCCCGCUCCGACGUCGACGGCGGAGAAGCUCGGGCUGAAGAAGGGCCCCCGCAAGGCCUGUGAGCUGUCGCAGCCCUCCCGGGACAGCGUCGCGCAGCUGCGCAGCCACGGCAAGGCCGCGGGGAGGGUGGGGACCGCGCAGAAACUGAGGACCAAACUCAUCGACGCUCAGAGCUUGUCUGUGAAGCGCAACAAGAAGUUGCUGGCCUGUCAGGACCGGCAGUUCUUAAGGCAGAUGAGGCCCAAGAGAAGCGCCAGGGUGAAAAGUCCCGCGGGAAGCUCCGAGAGUAGGAGCAAAAAAGGUGCCGGGGCGCGUGUGAAAUCCACGGAACAAAAGCCUCAAAGUUUUGAACUGGCGUCUAUUGAAAGCCAAAGAGAGAAAAGAAGAGAGGAAACUGCUGGUCCCUCUGCCAGUGAGAGAAAAUUUGAAAGCCUGUCUGUGGCAGAGGGGGCAUGUGCCUCUAAACUGCCUGGUUCUUCAGACUGGAGCAGAAAAUGGGAGGAUAACAGUGUGAUGGCUCCUGUCCCUGUGGAUUCAAGUCUCUCUUCCACUGCACUUGGAGAUGAUAAAGAUGAAUCUUCAGGGAAAAGUUGCACUGUCCUGCCUGAGAGUGAGAUGAAAACUUCAAAACCAAAUGGGUGUAAAUCAUAUGAAAGCAAUGAAGAAGAUGAUGAUAAUCUGUUUUUAACUCAGUUAGAUCCCGUGGACAUGGAAUUAUGUUCUCAGGAGGAAAGUUUUGAAGAUACUGCUAUAGCUAGUAAAACCCCAGAGGAAAUGAAUGUUGCUGAAAGCCUUCAGCAGAAUGAGUCCCCAGCUGUUCCAAAAUGUAAACACAAAGACUGUACGGAAAAAGUGGAAAAACCAGGAGAGUCCUGCAGUAAACACGCAGCCACCAACUCAGGAGCAGACCACGUGUUUGCCAAACCUUCUCUCCCGCCUCCCAAAGUAAAAAAGCCUUCCACUACCAAAAUUUUCAGCUCAGUGAGCUCUUCCCGGAAUGCAGCCUUCAGCAAGGACCUGGAAGACGUUAAAAAGUUACCCCCACCUUCCAAAAGCAAAGUGAACGCGGCGAAACCCGCGGUGGUCAGGCCACCCCUCCCCAAAGUGUACACACCACCAGGAAAUCAACCCUGCAAGGCUCCAGGCUUCAGCAACGUCCCUCAGCCCCAGAUCUCUAAUAAUGUUCUCCAGUCACAAAACAGACAGUAUGACAAUGCUUUGAAUAUCUCCAGAGGCUCUGGGCGAGGAGCAUAUUCCUCCUUUCUUGGCGCUCAGCAGCGCGAUUACAGCGUUUUUGUUAAUCAAGUCCUCAAGUGGACUUACGAAAUGUUUGCGAACUUCAGCUGCUUUGGAACUCCAAAUAAUCUCCUGCAGUCUGUGGUAGCCUCUGUUCCUGUCCAAUUUCAGGACUACAACGACUAUUUUAAUACCUUUUUCCCGUUGAUGAUGCUGAAUGCCUUUGAAACACUGGCACAAGAGUGGGUAGAAAAUCAGAAAGCAAGAGAGAAGAGUUACUGCUUCACCUUGGAGAACUUCUCUGCUGACAUGAACACAGCACAUUUUACAGCUCAUUUUCGAGAAGGUGACUUGGCAAGGCAGCUUCAUCCAAAGGAGGAUGACUUAAUCCUUUUGGUGGUCCAAAUGGAAAAAGACACCUUUGGGGAAGAAAGUGGGAUGGAGAACCACGUGGUGAAUCACGUUGGGCUCGUGACACGAUUUUCUCGUGCGUCUGGUUAUACAGCGAGACAGCAGGAGCAGCACACUGUCUGUCACCUCACUGUGCAAACCAGAGGCAACCUGUCCUUCUGCAUCCACAAGCAAGUGAAGUGUGUGGUGGUUGGGUCCCUGGUGACCACACACAGAACCUUCAAAGGUCUGCUGCUGCUGAGCAGGAGUCCCCUGGCCAGACCCAUCAUAAACCCCUGCUACAAUGACUUCUGUCCCAGAGAUCUGCCUGUGGCCUCAGGAAGUGCUGCUUCGUGUAUGAAUGAAUACAAUGAAGAUCAAAAGAGAGCCAUUGAGACAGCUUAUGCCAUGCUAAAGCAACAUCCAGGGCUUCCCAAGAUCUGCCUCAUCCAUGGGCCACCUGGGACAGGGAAAUCAAAAACUAUUGUAGGACUUCUGUCUCGUGUUUUGAGAGAAAACACCAGGAAUGAGAAAACAGCCCGGAAAAAGAAUUCCAAGAUGAAGCCAAACCGUUUUCUGGUCUGUGCACCAUCAAACGCUGCUGUGGAUGAGCUCAUGAAAAAGAUCAUCGUGGCAUUUAAGGAAAAGUGCCAAAACAAACAGGAGCCUUUGGGAAAUUGUGGUGAUAUCAAAUUAGUGCGACUUGGUGCUGAAAAAGCCAUCAACAAUGAAGUCCGGGCAUUUAGCCUGGAUAAGCAAGUGGAGCAUAGAAUGAAACGAAAGCCGGGGGACUCUGACCAGGAUGUUCAGAAGAAAAAAGCAGCUCUGGAUCAGAAGCUGGACAUGCUGUCCCGGCAGCGUGCCAUGCACAGAUGUGAGAAGAGAGAGAGUCAAAUGUUAGAUGAAGAGAUUGCCAGACUUGCAAAGGAGAGACAACAACUUGCUUCUCAGCAAAAGGAGGUUCGUGGGCACUCCCAGAAGGUCCAGGCAGACAUCAUCCUGGAGUCUGACAUCAUCUGCUGCACCCUGAGCACCAGUGGAGGGAGUCUGCUGGAAUCGGCUUUUGCACGGCAAGGCCACGACCCCUUCAGCUGUGUCAUCGUGGAUGAGGCAGGACAGUCCUGUGAGGUGGAGACACUGAUUCCACUGAUCCAUCGCUGUAAUAAACUCGUCCUUGUUGGAGAUCCCAAACAGCUCCCUCCUACUGUAAAAUCAGUAAAAGCUCAGCAGUUUGGCUACGACCAGUCCUUGAUGGCUCGUCUGCAGAGGCUCCUGGAGGAGCAAGUGCAGAGGAAUGUCCUGCGGAGCCUGCCCGUGGUGCAGCUCACUGUGCAGUACAGGAUGCACCCCGACAUCUGCCUCUUCCCAUCCAACUAUGUCUAUGGCAAAACCCUGAAGACUGCCAAAGCAAUAGAAGAGAACAGAUGUUCUUCAGACUGGCCAUUCCAGCCCUACCUUAUUUUUGAUGUAGCAGAUGGUCGUGAGGAGCGAGACUGCGACUCUUACAGUAACCCUCGGGAAGUGAAGCUGGUGAUGGAAUUAAUUAGAACAAUUAAAGAAAAAAGGAAGGAUCUGGGUCUUCGUCGCAUUGGAAUAAUCACCCCUUACAGUGCUCAGAAAAAGAGAAUUCAAGGUCAACUGGACAGUGUGUUUAGGAAUAACAGCAGCCCAGGAGAAGUGGACACAGUGGAUGCGUUCCAGGGUCGAGAGAAGGAUUGUAUCAUAGUGUCCUGUGUCCGAGCAAACAGCUCUGAGGGGUCAGCACUGACAUAUGUCCAGGCAAACAGCACCAAAGGAUCCAUUGGGUUCCUGGCGAGUCUUCAGCGCCUGAACGUCACCAUCACCCGAGCCAGGUUCAGCCUCUUCAUCCUGGGCAGGCUGCAGACCCUCAUGGAAGAUAAAAACUGGAAUCACUUGAUUCAGGAUGCUCAGAAAAGAGGUGCCAUUAUCAGGACAGCGGAGAAGAACUACAAGAAAGAUGCUCUGAAGAUUUUGAAGCUCAGGCCAGCAAUGCAGCCCUCGGCCAAAUCAGGAACAAUAACAGCUCCUCUGGUGCAGUCUGGUUCUAACAGUGGCAAGAGGGCUGAGCUCACAAAUCCUGGGAGCAGCCCACGGGAAGCUGCUGCUGGCCCUGGCCAUGCAGUGCCCCAAGGAAGCCGAGGGCCCCCACAGCCUCCAGGGGCUCCAGCUACAGAUUCCAGGAGAGGCAGCGUCCCUGCAUCCAUGGGGACUCCUGCUGGAGAUUCCAGGAGGCCCAAUGUCCCUGUGCCUGUGGGGACUCCUGCUGCAGAUUCCAGGAGGAGCAGUGCCCCUGCAUCCAUGGGGAUUCCUGCUGGAGAUUCCAGGACGGGCAGUGCCCCUGUGCCCGUGGGGGCUGCAGCACUUCCUGCCAAUGCAGAGAAACCACGGGACCCAAGGCUGGCCAGUAGAACUGAGACAAAAGGGAAGGAGCAGGCCUUGAAAGAUGGCAGUUGGUCAGCCCAGAGCAAUCCAGGAGCCACAUCACAGCAAGGCCUUAAUGCAUCCUCAGCUGCCAGGGAUCAGAUUUCCAGAACAGAAAACCUUGGGAAGGCCCAGCAAACAACGGGACAAUGCAAUGUGCUUUCCACAUCAUCUUCCACAGCUCAGCACGAGGGUGACAGGAGAGGGGCUGUGUCCAAAAGUGGUUCAAAACCCCUCAGUGAAGGAGGUCAAAGCAAUAGCAGUGAGGGGAACAAGGACUGUCGUGGUUUAACCAGGAGACCAUCAGAGGAACCACCAGAGAGCACAGAAUCAGGCACUACCAAACGAAGAAAGAUCUCUCAUUGACUUCACUAUUGGCUCAUCACUGAAAAGUGUAUUCCCAGAUUUCUGUCUAGCAAGGACUGUAUUUUAAAUUAUUCAGCACACCUGGAACUCCCUCCUGUUGAUACCACUACUCUCAGUAGAUCUUUUUCCCAUCCUGUCCCUAGUUGUGAAGGGACUUUAUGCCUGACAGGUGGGAGCUUUGAGGUUUGGAAAAGAGAAGUUGGGCAGCUGCAUUGCUUGGAAGAGCAGUGAAUUUUGUCAUCUAGGAAGCUAAGGGUUGUAAAUGUUUAACAAUGUAUAUUUGUACAGUAUACAGAAUUAUUUUAAGAUUUAAUUUGGCAAAUAUGUAGCUUCUUUUUUCCUUGUGUAAAUGCUAAUUUCUUAGAGAUGUAAUUUUUUUAUGAAGAACCAGAGCAAAGCAAAAAAACCACCCCAAACAAAACCACCCCCAAAUCAAAAAAACAGCCAGACUUCUUUUUCCCUUUGCACUAAUGAGUCUAAUUUAUUUAAUAGCAAAAGUGAAUGUUGAAAAUGUGGUAGCAGUGGUUCUCCCUCAUGCUCCACUAGUGCCUCAGGAAAGACUGAGGCAGAUGUACAUUGGUUGAAUGGAGAGAAUUCUACUUAUUUUGUAUAUUUUAUUGCCUGUUUUUAUAGGAACAGAAGAGGUUUUUGUUUAUACAGAUGUGCCUUGAGUUUUGCUCUUGCUGCUGCUCCAUCAGUUGGAAUCCCUUUCCUGUUGCAGUGGCAACACAACCUGCAGAUUAAAACCCAUGAAGUCCGUUUGUGUCCAUGUGAGGAAUAAUCAGUAGCACUGUGGAAUCUUGGUCAGAGAUUUAGUUAACAGUUAUUGGUAAUAACACCUGAGUUUCUUUGUGUGGAGCUUUUUUGAGAUCUACAGGUAAAAAGGGCAGGUAGUUCUUUCUAGGUGUUAUUACUGGAUUCUUUCCACUGUGCUGGUGAGGAAUAUACAGCCACUAACAGGGGAUGGGGGAAAACCAAACUAUUUGUAAGGAAGCCUUCCUCUAAUCACAACAUCUCCCAGUAAAAGUGGAAUUAUUUCUAUUAAGAAUCCCUUUGGGUCACUCUGAAGUAUCACUUUCUUUUUCUGGAGCCAUGUGCCUGUCUCAGGGAGGGGAAGAGCAACAUUUCACCUGCCCAGAAUUUUGCAGGAGACAACCUGGUAAUGCAGCACCUUGGGAAUGCAGUAGUUGUAGUGUCAGGGCCAGUUGGGUGCACUGGGAGUGUUGGGCCAUCUCCCUGUGUGUGUUCAAGUACAGCCUGAAGCAGACAGGGCCCUGCUGUCCCUUGCUCACUGACUGAACCAGUGUCAGGGCAGGGGCUUUGCUGAAGCAAAAGAGCCACCAGAAUUCUCUUUGCCAUCAUUUCUAGUUCCAGUUUCUGUCCUGCACUUGAUGAUCAGUGUCAGCUUUGCCCUUUUAACCCUCCCCUGAAUGGGUCUGUGGGAUCCAGUCAAGGGAAACUGGACUUACAGCACUAACCACACUGUAACUGCCAGUAAAACAUCCUUUAAUGCAUCCCAGCCUGGAACAAAGGUGCUUUACUGGCAGCAGCUGCACUGUGGGUGUGUUGGGAGGCUUUUAGUUGCCAUCUGUGACUGUCCAGCUUGUGCUGUGCAGGACAGAGCAUUUCAGUGUAACGGGAGAAUCCUUGAGAUCCCUGUGAGGUGGGAGCAGCAUCUGUGCAUUGUCUGGCUUAAAUUACUCGUUCUGUUGCAAUCUGAGUGGCUUCAGUGAGCCCUGACCACCUCUUGUCAGCAGUGUGUGCUCUUCUCCAGCUGCUGGGGCCCUUGUUGUGAGAGGAGGGAAGGCAGCUGGAGUGAGUCUGACUUUAAUGAACCUGACAUUUCGGUCACUCCCACAUCACAGGCUCCCUGCCCUGUAUGUUAUCUCCCUUUAUGUUAAUAGGAAUAUUUAAAAACACUGCCAUCUUUCAACCCCCUUGGCUCUUGUUGGCAGGGCUGUGCUGCCCUGCCUGCUGUUUGUACUUAGCACAUUAAAAGGCUGCUGCUCUGUGAACCCCACGGCUGGGGAAGCCAUUUGGACUGUCUUGAUGUAAAUAAAGUGAAGCUGGCAACAAAAUAAAAUGAGGAAAUGCUUUGCUGGUAAUUAAAUACAACUUUGUCACAA